CAGGAGGAGGCGGCGGCGGGCGGCGGCGGCGCCCCGCGGAAGGACGGUCGCCAUGGCCGCGCUCGGCGACAGGCAGCGGGGCCCCGGCACGGCCCGCCCGCGCCGCCCCGGAGGAGGAGCCGCGCAGGGCCCGGGCACGAAGCAGCGUCUCGGCAGGGAACGGCGGCGGUCCCGGCUGGGGAGCUUUGUCGUCCCUGGCAGGGAUUGGAGCUAUGUAUGAAAGAAAAGACAUGCUCCGUAACCUACAUUGCAAAGGUCACAGCGCUACUGCUCCAGGCUUCUGAAAACCACAGUUUGAGCCAGCAUCAUGGCUGGUCUGAAGAUUUGGUCUGUUUUCCUGAUUAUACUGUACCAUUUCUGUCAAAGAUGCAUCCCAUGUGGAAUUUCAACACAUAUUGAAAUAGCACAUAGAGCUCUGGAAUUUUUCAUUAAGAAUGAAGGGAGUGUUAAUUAUAGACAGUUAUUACUAAACCACCAAGAUGCAUUUCAAGCUGGGAGCAUUUAUCCUGAUGCCUUUUAUUCACCAGUCUGCAAAGCGGGAAUAUUCCAUGAUGUGUCUGAAGACACUCACUGGUCACCAUUUCUCAAAGCAAGUAUUCAGUACAUCAGAAGGAAUUAUCCUCAGCCUUGGGAAGAGGCUACAGAGAAACUGGUGGCUUUCCUGUUUGGAAUUGCCUCACAUAUGGUGGCAGAUGUUAGCUGGCAUAGCCUGGGCAUCGACCAAGGAUUUCUAAAGGCCAUGGGAGAAAUUGAUUUUCAUGGUUCAUACUCAGAAGCUCACAGUGCUGGCGAUUUUGGAGGAGAUGUAGUGAGUCAUUUUGAGCUGGAAUUCAGUUAUCUGGCAUCAAAUUGGUAUGUGCCUGUCAAAGACCUAGCAGCUAUCUAUAAGGAAUUUUAUGGAAAGGAGAUCAUAACUGAAAGCACAAUUACUGACUGUACUUUCCUGCUGUAUCUUGAACUGCAUGGAGAAAGGCUUGCUGUUGCCAAGCUUUUUCCAAGAUAUGCUAGUAAAUCUCCAUUUCUGGUGGAGAAGUUCCAUGAAUAUUUCCUUGGAGGAGUGGAUGACAUGGCGUUCUGGACAAACAAUAUUUUUGAGAUGACCAGCCACAUGCUAGAGAAUGGAACCAGUGGCUGUUACCUGCCUGAGAACCCUCUGUUUAUAAAUUGCACAAAGGAGCACAGGGACAACCACAUCAGAAACAAACAAUCAAAGCAUGAACGUCACAAGAAUACAACUUCUUUGCUUACAGAAUCACUUGAGAAGAAUAUAAACUAUACAGAAAGAGGAGUUCACUUCAACAUGCAGUCUUGGGCAACAAAUUCCCUCCGCUUGAUGAACCGUGCUUUUACAACCAAUAUCUGGAGAGCAUUAGCAGCUACACAUCAGAAAUCUUCUAAGCACAUCUCCAAGCCAGUAGCUUCAUAUUUUCUGACCUCACCCUAUGCUAGACUUGGAUGGGCAAUGAUCUCAGCUGACCUAAACCAGGAUGGAUAUGAAGAUUUGGUGGUUGGAGCACCAGGGUACAGCACCAUGGGCCAUGUUCAGAUAGGACGGGUGUAUGUAGUCUACUGUAACCAGUCAGGUUUGCCACGAGAGGACAUGGAUUUGGAUGGGAAAGCUGACCAAGUACUACAAGGUCAUCAGCCUUCAGGAAGAUUUGGUUCUGCUUUGGCAGUCCUGGACUUUAAUGAGGAUGGAGUGCCAGAUCUGGCAAUUGGAGCACCUUCUGUGGGAUCCCAGUUUCUUACUUACAAAGGUGCUGUGUAUGUCUACUUCGGCUCUGAGGGAAGAGGCUUGGCAUCUCAGCCAAAUGUUACCAUAACUUGUCAGGAUUCCUACUGUAAUCUUGGUUGGUCCCUCUUGGCAGCUGAUGUUGAUGGGGAUGGAAAUGCUGAUCUGGUUGUGGGCUCUCCAUAUGCACCUGGUGGUGGGCAGCAGAGAGGAUUUGUGGUUGCAUUUUACUCUUAUUUCAACAGGAGUGACCAAGAAUUUCUGUCAGUACAGGAUGCCAACUGGAUGGUGCAGGGGGAAGAAAAUUAUGCUUGGUUUGGAUUUUCACUUGACAGAUGCCAGCUGGAGAACACAACAUUACUACUGAUUGGUAGCCCUACAUGGAAGAGUUGUGCUAGAUGCAAUCCCUUCUCAUCGGAUGCCAGACAGAGUGUUGGGAAGGUGUACGGGUACAACCCACCGAGCACAGAGCGCUGGUUUGCGGUAACUGGAGACAAGGAGAUGAGCCGAAUGGGUUUGUCUCUGGCCAGUGGUGUGAUGUCUGUGGCUGGGAACACAAGGAGAGUUUUGGUGGUGGGUGCACCUACUGCAGACAGCCUGUAUAGGAUUUCAUUUAUGUCCUCAGUGCUGCAUCAAGCUGGGCUGGCUCUGGUAUAUGACCUGACAGACAGCACCAAGCCUUCUUUGCUUAGCACAUUGAGUGGGGACAGGAGGUUUUCUCGUUUCGGAGGAGACAUAUACUUAAGUGAUCUGGAUAACGAUGGACUAGAUGAAAUGAUUGUGACAUCCCCACUGAGAACUAAUAGCAUCUCCUCAAUACUGUUUGGUGGGGCAGCUGGCCGUGUUUAUAUUUACAACGGAAAGCAGGCAUCCUCAGGGAAUGUGACAGGUCACUGCAGAUCAUGGAUAUCUCCCUGUCCUGAGGACUGGGCACAGUAUGUCCUUAUUUCUCCUGAGGAACUAUCAAGAUUUGGGAGUUCUGUUAUUUCUGUGAAAUCUGAAAGCAAGAAAGAAGUUGUAGUGGCAGCAGAGAGAAGUUCUGCGAAAGCUCGACUUGGUGGAAGGCUUUUUGUCUACUCGCUCUGAAAGUUCAUGGUAGCCUUUAAGACCAGGGCAUAGCUGGUCUUUUAGUGAAGAAUCUCUGUAGUAUCUAUGACACUUUCCUGAACCUACACAAACCAACAGACCCCAUGUCAGCAAGCUUUUGAUGAAUUCUGUUGUAGGCAGCAACAUCACUUAACCUAGAACAAACCAGCUGGUCUGAAAAUCUUUUAGAGGCUGAAAUGAGCAGGUAGCUAGAUUUUUGGAAGUAGUAUUUGGCUGUAUAAGGAAUGUUCAGUGGUCACCUUCUUUACUGGUCAGAUAUGAGUAUUUUCUUGGCAAAACCAGGAAACAGCAGCAUAAUUUACAACUCCUUGUAUACUGUGAUAAAGACAGGUGUUCUAAGUUACUGUCAAAAUAACAAGCAUGGAGGAGGGGCAGCUUUAAUCCUGACAGAAAAGUGUGUGCCAAUGAACAGGACUGUCUCUGUCUCUAGCAAGUCUUGAUUGAGGAUGCAGAGCAGCUGGGAUCUCAUAGGAAGAAAAGAACAAGCAAGUUUUAGGAAAUACUUUCUCUUUUGCAAUUGUGGCUGACUACUCUGAUACGCUUUGUGUUUUCAUGUAAAAUUCCAUGACCAUGGUAACUCAGAAUUGUUAACUGCUUUUAUUGUUAACAGUAUUGUCUUCAACUAUUAACAUUAGUUUUGUAUGUUGCAGGUUUAACAAGAGCAUGCAUUAUCUAUUAAACAACUUGAACAGCAAAAUGUGAUGAUACUAUUAUUACCAACCCUAGUCCAUAGUCACAUAUGUGUAUGUACUUUCUCUCUCUUGCCUCCUUCACAAAUGCAAAGCAUUAUUUUUAUUAUAAAUAACACAAGUUGGUGGAAUAGCACAGAAUUCUAAAGGUCGUACUCCAAAAUGAAACAACCUACCUUUCUUAUGAAUUCUUUCUCAGGGAUGUUGCUUUAAGCAAAUCAAAAAAAGGCAAGGUGAACAUCAGCUUAAUGUAUAAUGCAUUCUGACAUCUAUUUUGUGGAUUUGCCCAAACAGCAAAACACUUUAUAAAAAUUAAACUUUGAACUUCAUGAAAGAAGUUAAUGGACAGGACUGGGAGCACAGUACUUACCUUAUAAAUCUGUGAAAUGUGGUGUGAGGCAAAACAAGCAGUGCACUUGUAAGGGUGGCAGAAUAGAGUUUUCCUUUUUAAAUGAAAACUGAUGAAACCAGUAUGUUCUGUAGCAAUUCCAUUCUGAACAUACACCUUCCACUGGCUUUUGUUUUUCCUAUGUAUGAUCUCAAAGUAAUUAAUUUUACUGCAUCUGACUGCAUUUUGAUUACUUGAAUUAUAAGAAAAACAUUAAACAUUUGCAUAUGUCUGUAGAGAGAAAAGGCAGUCUUGUAAAAGACCUGUCUUUCUCUCUGUGCUUUUAUUGUGCUUUAAGUCAGUUAUGUACAGGAAAAGGAGUCAAAAGGAGUUCACAGAAACCUCUCUGCACAAAAGCUUAUGUGAAAGCUUCUCAAACAGCUGCACCCACAUAUUUCAGUUCUGGCCUCAUGCAACUACAACUUGGUUGAAAACAUCAGCAUCCAUGCCUUUUCACACACUGAACUGUCAGCCAAGGUAUAUGAGCCCUUGGUUCUUCUACUGGAUUGUUCAGUUUAGAGCGUUUUUACAGCUUCACCCGCUAAGCCAAAAGACUGCAAAAAAAUUCAGCUAAAAAACUCAAAAACAUUACAAACCCCAUUAACUUUCUCACCUACUUGUGCCUUUUGUAUCUGUCAUUGAAAGUCACAUACAGAGAAAGAACUGUUUGAAAAUAAUUACAUACAACCGAUUUUAAUCAAACUAGCAUCACAGGCUUGCACAACUUUAUGUACCUUUUUAUUUUCAUCUUUGACUCAUUAGUCCCAAGUAAAAAUGUUCACAGCUACAGUUAUUGUUUUUCCAACUCCUGCCAGUACAGUGACUUAUCUGGUGGCACCUAAGGAGCUGCUCACUGUUACAGCAAGGUUAAAAAAACCUAAACAAGAAAUGGGCAGUUUAUUACUUCCUUUAAAAGGAUUUCAUGCUCCCUCUAUGGACUGAGAGAAACCAGUGGAGAAAUAUGCCCUCAGAGAAAAGUGCUAAGAAAAAACACAAACAGUGGGCAUAAGGCUUCUAUUCCUUCCUUCAGUCCAUCACAGGAUACCAGGCUUCCACACCCUUUACUAACCUGGCUACUUACUGUGGUGCAAGCUAGUCCAUCAUUUGUCUUGGAGAGAAGAGAGAGAGCAUAGGCCAGUUAGCAGAAACUAACAACCCAUCUGUUGAUUUUUAGCAGAAUUUGAAUCAGUCCUCGUGACAACAGAAGGAGUUGUUAAACUGCAGCUGUAUCAAUGCAUGGUUGAAAUAUUAUCAGGUGGCAAACACAAGUGGGCAUUAUCCAUAAGUCUGCUUUCCCUGUUCCUAAAACUGCAUGUUUUGGGCCUAAAUUAAUUGUUAGGGAAUAACCAAGAUAUGUAGCUACAUUUCAAAGCCUGUUAUUGCUCAUGUAAAAUAAGGGAAACUAUUAUUUCUGGUUGCUGCCAAUUCAGUAGUCAUGCUUCACAAAAGAUGAAAAGAUGUAUGCUUUUUGCUUUGGAAAAUCUGUUCUCUGCAAUUAAAUAGGGCCUUAAAAAUCCAUUUAAAAAUCCCUCUUGGGGUGGAUUUUUCUUUGA